AUGGCCCACACGAAGCCACAUCUGAAGCGCACGAUAGAGGAGGAGAAGCGUACCUUCCAAGAGCAUUGGGAGGGAAAGUAUCUGUUCGCGGAUGUAAACAACGUCCCGGAAUGUCCGGUGUGCCAAAAAACUGUUUCUGUUCCGAAAGAGUACAAUCUCCGACGCCAUUACGAAGCGCUUCACGAAGGACAGUACGCGGAAUUUACCGGAAAGAUCCGUGAAGAAAAGGUGAUGCGGCUCAAAUUGGCAGCCACAAGACAAAAGGACAUUUUUCGUAAGGUUAACCGAGAAGGUGAGGUCGCCGUUGAAGCAAGCUUCUCCUUGUCGGAGUUGAUCGCAAAAGCGUCAAAACGAUUCAUAGAAGGUCAUUUUAUCAAGAACUGUCUCAUUCGUGCAGCUGAAAUUGUGUGCCCAACCGCAAAAGAUUCGUUUGAGAAGAUUAGCCUUUCUGCAAAUACUGGCGCUAGGUGGGUUGAGGAUAGUGGUGCAGAUUUGGAAAUGCAGCUGCGCGAUGUUUCGAAGGAUUUUUGUGCACAUUCCUUAGCACUUGACGAAUCCACGGACAUAAAUGAUAUUGCUCCGUGCGUGGUGUUCAUCCGCGGUGCCACGCACGACUUGGACAUAUACCAGGAACUGUUUGAUCUGCUUCCUCUGAAAGGGACAACGGCGGGGAGUGACCUGUGGAGCGCGGUAAAAGGCAGCAUCGAAGCAGCAAGUGUUAAGUGGGAGAAUAUCGCGUCAGUAGCGGCUGAUGGAUAUCCUUCAAUGGUUGAUCGCAAUCUAGGUCUGAUAGCCCGCCUUAAAGAAACGCUUGCAGAGGAAGGCGUGCCACGAACCUUCCAGCAAUUCAUUGUAUCCUACAUUAAGAGGCAUUGUGCUGCCGCGUAG